AUGUCGCAAGUUCCGCAAUAUCAAGCUAUUUAUAACGCAGUUUGUACCUUUGAAAUGCAUAACAUACCUAGACAAAUCCUCUUUUCAUACAUAGCGAUGAUUGUCCAGGCAAUGUAUAGCGGAACUUCGAAGAAGGCUUUUAUUACACAAAUUUUAUCGCAAAAUUUUCCUUCCACUUUUAGAAUUAAAAUACAGGAUUUAAUGCAACACGCUUUCGCAAUUUUCGAUAUACUACCAAAAGCAAAACAAGUUGUUAUCAGCAAACAAAAUGAAGUCCUCAUAAAUAAUUCCGACGAUGAAGGCCAAAAUGAAGCCCCGCCGCCCCCACCACCACCUCCGGGACCGGCAAAGAGAAUAUCUUUAUCUUAUAUUGAAGUUAAAGUUCCUCUCUCUCAAAAUCCAGGGGUUUUGAUAUUCAACAACGUCUCAAGAUCCGUUGCUAUUGGUAGUGAAGGCCAAACUACAGAACAUAUGAGCGAAUCAAUCCGUUUUAUUUCAGAUUUACAGAUUUACAUGGAUACAACGUUCGAAACUCUUGUCCGAUCUGAUCAGACAUACAGAUCCAUGCUGUAUGCCGGACAGAGCGACGGAAUUUUAUACAGAAGUGCAGUUUUGGAAUUAUACGGAAAUUAUGGACGAGAAAUUCUUGCAUUUCCUCGUGAAGUAGUUGAACCCGUUCUCAAGGAAAGAUGCAUGAGCGUUAUAUCGGAUGUAUUUAGCGGCAGAACCCAUACAGAAGAGAAAGUUGAUUUAAUGACGAAUCACGUACCAAAGUUUGACUUUUCACCUACGGUUUCUUUCUCAACCCAAAAGUCUCCCAUCAAAUUCUCAUUCAGUGCUCGCUCAACAUUAGUUGCCGACUUAUUACAUCGAAUCGGAACACUUCACUCGAAACAACUGAUCUCCUUUUUAGACACAAUGAUGCCAUUAUUCGUUAUUACGCGCACCGAUGAGCGGAUUUGCAUCAUUGGAACAGAUGCAAUUUCGAAUGCUUUGUAUUUGUUCUCAAAAUGCGCAACAGCCAUCGACAGCUUCUUCGGAUCAGCACUUCCAGAAGAUCCCAGUCUCGCGGACAUCAUUAGGGCCGCGGAAUGUGAAGCAGCGAACAAAUAUUCACCAGUUACAGACACGCACAUCGAAGAAUUUCUCGAGGACUUCUUGAAGAAGUUCUUCGCAUUCGAGUACAAGUUCUACGAGCUCGUGGAAGAGGCGGAGAACAGAUACGGACGUGCUUCGAAGGCUUUGUUCACUUUGACAAUGUAUAUUACACAACUCGACGCUCUUUGCUCGAGAUUUGCUGCACAAUACAAAUUGUCGAAGUUUGGAACACUCGCAAAGUUCUUCUCAAGAGCACAUGGACCUCACGCAAAAGAAUCACUUGAAGCAAGGUUCCCAACUUAUUUGAAGAAGUCCCAGAAUUUGUUACUUUCCCCUCUUGUCAAAAUUGAGAUGAGCUCAGAUGAACCAGACGCUGUAAUUACUCCAAUAUAA